AUGAAGAGUCCAUGGGCCCCCUGCAUUGCUCGGAUCUUCCGCUCCUGUGCAGGCGAAGCAGCAUCCCCCGAGGCUGCUGCGGUCUCAGCGGUCGCAGAACUGGGAGGUUCUCUGAAGAUGACUCGCCUGAGGCGCAGAGGCCUCUUCAGCUUCAAGGAGUUGGAUCCUACGCAUGAUGCCGCGGUAGCACUGGGCGAGGAGUAUCUGGAGCACCAAAUGGUGUACAGACUGCGAGCCUCCGAGAGUUUCCAGCUCGCACCCAACGAUCGAUUUGAGCAGAUUGGUUGGUUUGGCCAAGGCGAGAUUCCCUUUGAUGAGAUGCCGGAGGACGACAAAGUCUGGUAUGACCAGGUCUUGUUCCAUGACGCGAUGCUGCGCGGAAGCUUUGCCUUCCGAGGCCGAAAGAAGCUCCGGGAGUAA